AUGGCCGAUUUAUCUGUUCAACUCACAGCCCCCAACGGCCACAGUUGGACCCAGCCCACCGGCUUGUUCAUUAACAACCAAUGGGUCAAGUGCUCUACUGGCGAGAAGAUUGCCAGCAUCAAUCCCACAACAGCCAAGGAAAUCACAUCGAUCCACGCAGCUUCCGCCGAAGAUGUCGACAAGGCCGUCAAGGCAGCUCGCGCUGCUCUGAAUAACCCUUCUUGGCGCGAUAUGCCCGGCAUUGACCGCGGCAAGCUGAUGAACCGCCUGGCUGAGCUCGUCGAAGAGAAUCGCAUCACGCUGGCUACCAUCGAGACAAUCGACAAUGGAAAGCCGUAUUCCAUUGCCUUGAAUGACGACCUCACUGAGACCGCCGAGACAAUUCGUUACUACGGCGGAUAUGCCGACAAGGUCUUUGGCCAAGUCAUCGACACAACCCCGGAUAAGUUCGCCUACACCGUGCGGGAGCCCGUCGGUGUCUGUGGCCAAAUCAUCCCUUGGAAUUUCCCUCUUGCCAUGGCCGCCUGGAAGCUCGGCCCCGCCCUCACCUGCGGAAAUACGGUGGUUCUCAAGCCAGCGGAGCAAACCCCCCUCUCGAUCCUUUUCCUUGCCAACCUGAUCGUGGAAGCCGGCUUCCCUCCUGGUGUGGUCAACAUUGUGAACGGGCAUGGCGCCGUGGCCGGAGCCGCGCUCGCCUCGCAUACGGAUGUGGACAAGAUCGCCUUCACAGGCAGCACGGCAACAGCUAAGCAAAUUAUGAAGAUGGCUAGCGUUAACUUGAAGAACAUCACCCUCGAGACGGGUGGUAAGAGCCCACUGAUCGUGUUCAAUGACGCAGACCUCGAGCAGGCCGUUGAAUGGGCACAUCUCGGUAUUAUGUACAACCAGGGUCAGAUCUGCACAGCCACCUCUCGCAUUUUGGUACAGGACGAGAUCUACGACCGCUUCCUGGAGGCAUUCAAAGCUCAGGUGAAGAAUGUCUCCAAGGUCGGUGAUCCAUUUGAGGAGUCGACCUUCCAGGGCCCUCAGGUGACGCAGGCUCAGUAUGACCGCAUCAUGUCUUAUAUUGAUAUCGGCAAGUCUGAGAAGGCUACUCUGAUCGCUGGCGGUAAGCCUUUCACUGGCGUCGGUGAUGGCAAGGGUUUCUUCGUUGAGCCUACUAUCUUCACCGAUGUGACGCCCAAGAUGCGGAUCUACCAAGAGGAGGUCUUUGGUCCUUUCGUGGUAAUUACCCGAUUCAGCGAGGAGAAGGACGCUAUUGAAAUGGCCAAUGACUCGACCUAUGGUCUUGGAAGUGCGCUGUUCACGACUAACCUGACUCGCGCGCAUCGCGUGGCUAAGAAGAUUGAGGCUGGUAUGGUCUGGAUCAACUCUAGCAAUGAUAGUGAUUGGCGCAUUCCGUUCGGCGGCGUGAAGCAGUCCGGUAUUGGGCGUGAGCUUGGAGAGGCUGGUCUUGCUGCUUAUUCGAAUAUCAAGGCUAUCCAUGUGAACAUGAAGUCUAAGCUUUGA